CCAAAAUCUGUGCUCAUCGUAAACAAGCUUCGCACAAAGCCAGUCGUGGACGCCAUCGACACCCUACUAAAGUAUAUCGGCGAGAAAUACCCUGAUGUCCAGGUAUACCAUGAGGACCGACCAGAUAUACCAGAAGCUGCAACAGUAUGGCAUCCAGGUCCGAAUGCUGCACCAAUUGACCUGGUGAUUACUCUGGGUGGGGACGGCACCAUCCUGCAUGCUUCCUCGCUGUUCAAAACGGGCGCCGUGCCCCCAGUCCUGAGUUUCUCGAUGGGCACGCUCGGAUUCUUGCUGCCGUUCCACAUCGACGACUACACGAAAGCCAUCGACAGCGCGUUCGAGGGCCGGAUCACGGUCCUGCACCGGAUGCGUCUGUCAUGCACGUUCCAGGACUCAGGUGGCGAGCGCAUCGACACGCAAGCGGAAGACUGGCAGGUCAUGAACGAGAUCGCGCUGCACCGCGGCUCGAGCCCGCACCUGAACACGAUCGACGUCUUCGUCGACGGCCAGCAUCUCACUGAAGCCGUCUCCGACGGGCUGAUCGUGUCGACGCCGACGGGCUCGACGGCGUACUCGCUCUCUGCGGGCGGGCCGAUCGUGCACCCGUCGCUGAGCGCGAUCGUGCUGACGCCCAUCUGCCCGCGCAGCCUCUCCUUCCGCCCGCUCGUCUUCCCCUCCUCGUCCGCGAUCACGCUCCGGAUCAGCGAGCGGAGCCGGGCGUCGGCGGGGCUGUCGAUGGACGGGCAGGUGUCGCACGUGCUGAGCCCGGGCGAGGCGGUCACGGUGCGCGCGUCGCUGCACCCGAUCCCGUGCAUCAACCGCUCGUCGAUCAGCGAGCCGCCCGAGAUGCGCGAGGGCGGCGGGGAGGGCGCGGGCCCGGGAAAGGAGGACGACUGGGUGCGGGAUAUCAAUAAUUUGCUGCAGUACAAUGCGACGUUCCGGAGCAAGGCGUUGACACGGCAUUUGCGGUGA